AACCAUGAAACCUUUCAUUUUCUCUCAGUGUUGUCAAGAAUCGUCAAGGCCUUUUCUUCACUGACACUGUUAAGAGUAGUGGUAGCUAUCAAUAUCAUUGUAGUAGAACAAGAAAGCAUGGCAUCUAAAAAACAACAAAACCGUGAAGAACUUGAAGAGAGAGCAAGGCAGGGUGAAACUGUUGUUCCUGGUGGUACUGGUGGAAAGAGUCUUGAAGCUCAACAACACCUUGCUGAAGGAAGGAGCCGUGGAGGGCAGACAAGGAAGCAGCAGUUAGGGUCAGAAGGGUAUCAAGAGAUGGGAGCUAAAGGAGGGCAGACAAGGAAGGAACAGAUGGGGAGAGAGGGGUAUCAAGAGAUGGGGCGCAAAGGAGGGCUUAGCACUAUGGAUAAGUCUGGUGAACAACGUGCUGCUGAGCAAGGCAUAGACAUUGAUGAAUCCAAGUUUAGGAAUGACUAAAAAACAUAACAUACAUGUCCUUAGUUAUGGUGUUUUGGUUUGUUUUUCCACUUGUUCGGUUGAAACUGUGUAGGAGUACUGUGUAACAUACAUGUCCUUGAAAAUGUGUUUUGUUUUGAUGUUGUUUGUUAGUACCAAGAAAAUGGAUGUUUAUUAUGUUGUAUGAAGUGUUAAAACUGCCAAUGACUUCUCCUUGGGCUUAUAUAA